AUGCUGGGCUUCCUGUCACGUGGUCCUCCAGUGAGGCUGUGCAUGGGUAUGGCGUGUGUCUUGUCCCUUUGGAACACAGUGUCUGGCAUCGAAGGGGAAACCAAGAAAGAGAAGGAAAUGACCUUCCUACCUACCACAGUGUCUGGCCUCAGAGGAGAAGAGAAGAAGGAGAAAGGCGUGGCAUUUCUCGCUACCACGGAGCUGCCUGCAGGGUCAAUCGAUCUGUCCGCACUUAACCUGACAGAGCUUGUGAAUGGGAUGCUGAGUAGAGCAUUAAAAGGUAAUCUUUUUUUUUCUUUUUUGAGACGGAGUCUUGCUCUGAUCUCUGUUGAAUCUUUUCUCUACACAGUUUCUAACCUGAAGACGGUGGACCCCACCAAAUUCCCUACAAGGUAUUGCUACUGUUUAAACAAUCAGACCAAUGACUUAUCAGAUUUUACAGCCCUCCUGGUAGACAUCAUUGGAAAUUCUACCAGCUACCUCACAGAGAUUUUUAAGUCAACCUCCAUCCUCUCAGUGAGUCAAAGUAAUGAAUCAGAUUGCAUCUUCAUCUGCGUGAUGACAGGAAAGUCAGGAAGGAAUCUUUCUGACUUCUGGGAGAUGGCGGAAAAAUACCCUGUUAUCAAUUACACAUUUGUCAGCGGCAUGUCCGGUGUCCUGGGUGCAGCUACCAGGGGAACUAGUAGGACUUCAACGCCCACAACCAAAAGCCAGAAAACACUACCAAGUACAAGCCCCAGACCCUGGGCCCAGAGCACACCCUGGGCAUCUGCUCUGAGAACCUCUUCCUGGAUAGAGACAGCUGCUCCUUCAGAAGCAGAGGAGACUCUGAACACAGGCCAGCCUCCUGAGCUUCCUGCCAGGGCCACAGCCACAUGGGCCAGUGCCUCCCGUGCUCUCCCAGCCUUAGCUACCAGGAGGGUGGCCAGAACUCAGUGGGUGACAGCUGACAGACAGACAUGGGCUUCCAUAUCGUCCAUGCCCUGGACUCAGACCAGCGGUGAGAAAAAUCCUGGAGGGUAUCCCUCAGAAACUCGUUCUUCCCCAUCGACUGCUGCAGGGGCCAAGGAAGCCAUGAACACUAUGAGCCUUUUGGUGCUUCCUGCUGGGAUAAUGGCCACACCUGGCAGCCCAUCCCAGUCCAGCUCUACCUGGGGAGCAUUCACCCAUGGCACACAGACUGCGAGUCCAACCAAGGCAACAGCCCCCAAAGAUCCACAGACAGGGGAUCUCCCUGCAGAGUGGCCAUUCACUCCCGGAGAAGAGCCAGUCCUGGUCCCAAGGCCCCAUCAAGUUUCAAGGUGUCCUCAGCCGCUCUUCAAGGUGGGAGCCAUGGCAGCUGCUCCUCUCACCCUGGCUAUCCAGAGGCUCAACCCAUGCCUGAUGGAGCUGUGUCACUUCUUUCAGCAAUGCCUCUGCAUGAGCCAGAGAAGUCCCAGGACAGAGGACAUGAGAUACUGUCUUGAAUACUAUUCCUGGUUUCUGAAGAAUGCAACAUACAUCUGUCAGAGGGUGAAAAGGGUGUCCCACUCACACACCUUAAAGCAAAAAUGCCUUGAGAAUAUCUGCAAGUCUGUGUGA